CAGCAUCUUACAGAGACGAAGUUGCUGGUGGGGAUUUUUGAUCGGGUAGUUUUUGCGGAGUUACAUGCAAGCUAGUGUGGAGGGAGUGUUUUCUAUUCGCACAUUCUGGCACGCAUCAAAAAUAGAAAGUGAGGCGUGUUAGGAUGUGUUAGGAUGAGGCGUUGCGUUACUUCCGAGUUACAAGAUCGUUGUGGGAGGAUGUUUGCGUGGAACACACAGGGUUACGUUAAGUGCACGUGUUUAUGGGAGGAUAAGAUAGUUAAGUGUAAGCGAAAUCGUAAAACAUAAGCAAGUGUCUGCCCGGGAACGACACAGCGAUCGGAAAUAUUUUAUCGUCCACCGUACAAAUCGAAAAGAAAAACCAUCAACAAAUCGGUACGGAAAGCAAAAAGAGUGUUUGUGUGUCUGUCUGUGGGUGCGGUGUGCGGCCUGGGCGGACGGGAUCGUAAUCGUUGACGUGGACGUUGUUUUUAUACCCUUGACCAUUGCCGAACGGAUAUGCUGCUCGGUCAACCACUUUCCCUGCCCCGGCAAAGGAAGCUCGUCCCAAACCGCCUUCAUCGGUUCGAAAACGUCGUGUGACGCGCUGCUGAUCGUGUCGUCUUGCAGGCGCAAAACUUUCAGCCCAGGCACCACACCACACACCAUCGCCAUCCACCGGGUUUUUGGCGUUUGUGUGUGUGUUUCUCUGUAUCCGAAUCCGAUUCGGAUGAUGAAAAUGAAUAAAACAUAAAGACCGGAGCGGCAACCGGGAGGAGUGGAGCGGAGGGGGAUGCCUGCCGUGACGCCAACACGCUCCAUUCUUUGUUCCAUUGGGCAGCGAAGAAAACAGCGGGAAAAAGCGCACACCUCGUUCGUUCGUUCGCUCGUUCGUUGGGAAAGUGAUUGCCGCGACGCGUCUGGUUUAAUUUCGCUCCUUGCCGGGACGAAACGCUCCUCGCUCCAUAGCUGUCGCCCCGUUGUGUGUGUGCACUUAUCGGUGUGGGUGUGUGCGUGUGUAUGCUUGUCUGUGUGCGCUUCGGUGUAGCAAUGUGUAACAUCAACCAUAUCAAUUGACCGACGAGCCAAAGCCCACAGUCUGCCAGAAGCGAGAAUCAAAACUAAAACCCAUUUCCACUUGUGUGUCUUGCCUCCGUGUGUGCGUGCGUGCGUGCGUGCGUGCGUGUGUGCGUGAGCAUGUGUGAUGCUGAGCGACAGUUGGAAAAAGGCAACGCAGGCGAUAAAGAUUUUACGACAUUGGAAUUUGUUGCUGUGAGUGGUUUAUUAAUCCUACCGCACGGUUCAGUGCUUCCCUCGGUGGCGCACAUCCGGUCACACGCCACCUCCAUCUAAUCACAUUGCAUCACACCAGGCCCCAGCACAUACAGAGCUAUGCACCACCACAAUACAACACCUUUUGCAUGCCGAGUGGCAGCCGACUCAUCCCGUACGGCGGCAAAUCAGAAAUCGAACCACCAAACGAACAGUUUCUUUUCGGUUAGUGUGCGAAAAAACAUUGAAGCGGACAGCUUCACAGUGCUUCCCAGUGUUUCACAGGAGCGUGCAGGGUGGGAAAAAACAAAACAAAAAAAAAACACGCUUGUACGAAUUAUCGAACCGUUGUGCAAUUGUUCCGCCGCUUAUCGAUGGGUAAGAUACGACUGACGUGGUGCUUGUGGGUGUUUUUGUGUGUGCUUGUGCGCUGAGAAAAAAGGAGCGAAAAACAGCACAAGAAAGCCGAACUCCCAUUUCCCAGCAGCGACUGGCCAAAGUGCCAAACAUCAGCACCUGGGCUGCGGGAAAAUCCUACGUCCGGUUCCGGUUUCGGUUGCUCGGCGGCCUCGGACCAGAGUGCCCGGAGUGGUCUCUGGCGUUGCUACACUUCGCCGCAUUCUAGCAAGAAGCGUUCCCUGUGGAGAAGCGUCGCUGCGCAACACCAAAUAAAGUAAAGCUGAACAAGAAAAAAAACAAAACAGCAACACAUUCACACACACCAAAGCGAUCCUUCUCAUCACAGCGCGACGGGAACGCCUCACACAGUCGAAGUCGGCAAAAACCGCAAGUGGUUGCGUCGUUUUCGGAGCACGUGAGCAUACCUACGGGCGUCGGGCCCCUCUAGGGGUGCCAGCGUGGUGUUGCCCACCAACCGGGUGCGUCUGUCCGUGAAUGUGUAUUGCGCCCUGGCCCGGUCAGAACUACGACACGGCGUCACGGAGCAACGGUGCGAUCGGACCGGCGGCCGGGAAAUGUGGCUCCCAGUGGUAAUGGAUUUACGACUCCCCAUACUCUGUUUGCUGAUAGUGGCAGAAGUAUCCGUGGGGUUGCGAAAUGUACGCGUCACGGUACCGACGGCCGUGCGAAAGGGCGACUCGGCCCACCUGUUCUGCGACUACGAGCUGGAGGACAAGGAGCGGCUCUACUCGAUCAAGUGGUACAAGGGCAAGCGCGAGUUCUACCGCUACACGCCGCAGGAAAAACCCUCCAUGAAGGUGUUCAGCGCCGUCGACGUGGAGCGAUCGUUAUCGAACGAGAGCAAUGUGGUUAUAAAGGCGCUCGAAACGAAUGUUUCGGGAAAGUACAGCUGCGAGGUAUCGGCCGAUGCGCCCUCCUUCCACACCAUGAUAGUUUCGGGUGACAUGGAGGUCAUAGAACCCCCGCCGGAAAAACCAUCAAUAACGGGCCUGCAGAGCCGGUACCGACCGGGCGACAUCCUGCGGGGCAACUGCACCUCGAUUAAUUCUAAACCGCCGGCAAAUCUGACGUGGACGAUUAAUGACGUACCGAUCAUCCCACAGUACUACAAGCAGUACCGACCGAUCAAGGAUACGCACACGGGGCUGGAGACCUCCAUCCUGGGCAUCAAUAUUCUCGUUGCCCACGCGCACUUCAUCAAGGGCAAGCUCAAGCUCAAAUGCCAAGCGACAAUACACCGGAUCUAUGACGAGAGCAGCGAAUGGUACGUGGAGGAAGACCGGCCCCGGAUACUGGCGACCGGCUCGUCCAGCGGCCACAAUCUCAACCAAAUCUAUCAGCACACCGUGUACGAUGGUGAUCAGCCCGAUCAGAGCGACAUGUACUUAACGGUGAACGGAUACAAAGCGGACAAAUCACCUACAUCGUCCUCCUCCGCCACGAAGCAGGUCGGAGCGUACGUGAAGGUGGGCUGGAUUGCGUUCUACGUCUGUACGAUCUGCACCGUGCUGCUGUACUCGCUGCGCGUCGGCAUCUCCUGACUGUACAACCUGAAGGAAGUGAUUAAGAUAUAAGCUGGCACGCGCGUGUGCAAAGUUCAAAACAGCCCAGCAAUGGCAUAGAAAAGCACGCAAAAGUCUCAUUAUUGCGAUAGCGUACUAAAAACAACUCCUCGGAAGGUAGAGGCUGCAACGCAAACGAACGAAUAAUGCCUUGACGGAUGAAAGAUUUCAACAAUGGAAGCGUGCACACUGCACACAGUUGGACAGCCUGUAAGGUGAAGCUUGCAGAACAGUGACGCCGAAAAAUGCCGCUUUUUAGAUGUACAAUGUAGUAGUAAUGUGUUACAGCUGUUAAUUAGAUUGUUUUAAAACUUUGUGUUGUGUUUUGUUUUGCAAGUGUUUCGUACGGUUUUUGUUCGGAGGUAGUUGAGAGUGGGCAAAGGAAGUAAACAAUCCCUGUAAAUAAGAUAGAACAUAAGUAGUUCAAUUGAUAAGUGUACACCAUAGUGGUAAGGUAAGAUAGGUGGCCAUUUUUAAGACGAACAAGUAAGCAAACCAUUUGCUGUAACAAUAGACGUAACACGUGCAUGAGACAACUAUUUUGUGAGGGAAAACGAAAUAGAAUAACAAAAACUUGAAAUCAAAAAGGGAAAACACUGAAAGAAUCGUAAACCGUAAAACAUAAACUGUAAAUACAUCUAAAAAAAACUCAAUCAAAACUGCAUUUUGGAGAUGAGGAUGCCUGGAAAUAGGCACAAAGUAAAUAAAGCAAACUAAGCGGCAGCACGGUUUCGAUCGUGCAGAUUUUGUAUUGGUAUAUGUGCGAACACACAAAAACAAUCUGAAGCGUUGCGGUGGGAUGCCGCCAGGAUGCCAAUUUAAAACAAUAAAAUUCGUAUGUUAAAAAUA